AGUUCACACACAAAGCCACGCCUGCGCGGUGUGCCUCUCAUUACAAGCGAAGUUGCUGCAUCUUUUUAGGAAGCUACAUGCUUUCUUUCGACACCCAAAGGUCGCAUGGUGUCAGGGACGCGCCUAGUCACGGGAACAGUCCGGAGCGCGUUCAUGAGGUGCAAGAUCGCGCUUUAACAGUGAAGAGUAUCAAACAGCGUGCGGGGAUCCAACCUAAUGCUGCUGUACAUUGGGUCACAACGACCAGUCAAUGAUUUGCGUUCCUGUCCGGCGUUUAUUCUGCAAACCUUUUCAUUUUUGCACGGGAGGAAACUGGCAUAGCUAACUCAUCUGUAUGAUAGGGGAACAGGAGCACACAGUAUGGUCCGGGAAACCAGACAUUUAUGGGUGGGAAAUUUACCCGAAAAUGUACGAGAGGAGAAAAUCAUUGAGCACUUCAAGCGAUAUGGACGUGUGGAGAGUGUCAAGGUCCUGCCCAAGCGAGGUUCAGAAGGUGGAGUCGCCGCCUUUGUGGAUUUUGUGGACAUUAAAAGUGCUCAGAAGGCUCACAAUGCUAUCAACAAGAUGGGGGACAGAGACCUGCGCACUGAUUACAAUGAACCAGGCACAAUCCCCAGUGCUGCGAGGGGGCUGGACGAUAGCCUUUCCUUAGGUUCUCGUGGCCGGGAUGUAUCAGGGUUCACAAGGGCGGCAGGGGGGGGCGUGUAUGUGCCCCCCACGUCGCUCCACAGCAGAGAUGGACGCUAUGAACGCAGACUAGACGGGACGGCUGAAAGUCGCGACCGGGCGUAUGAUCACAGUGCCUACGGACAUCACGAGCGUCCUGGUAGCAGUUUUGAACGCCAGCGGCACUAUGAAACAGACUAUUACCGUGAUGCAAGAGACAGGACUCUAAACGCCGCAGGGAGCGGGUCUGGUACCUCCGGUGGAAGUACUUCAACGGUGACAUCAGGAGUUGUCGGAACUAUUGUGAGCACUGUUGCAGGCAACACAGGGACUAGUGGAUCAACGGGGGCCACUUCUGGUGGAAGCGGAGGAUCUACAUCGAGUGCGGUCGGCUUCUACCGAUCCCACAGCAGGAGCCCUUGCCGUUUUGAGACGCCAGAGCCUCGCUAUGAGCCUCGCACCAGGGAACCCUUUACUUUGGCCAGUGUGGUUCACAGGGACCUGUACCGGGAGGACCGAAGUCGGCGCGGGGAGCGCUCGUACCGCCACAGUCGAAGCCGGUCUCCGCACUCGACACAUUCGAGAAAUCCCUCUCCUCAGAGACUGGCCAGUCAGGCUACCCGUCCUGCACGCUCCCACAGUGGGUCAGGCUCUCACAGCCGCUCCUCCAGUUCAGACUCAGUCAGCAGUACCAGCAGCAGCACCAGUGGCAGUGAUUCUAGCAGUAGUUCCAGUGAUGACUCCCCGGCACGUUCAGUGCAGUCUGCUGCUGUUCCGGCACCCUCAGCUCUUCCUUUAUCCUCCCUCGACAAGGAUGAACCACGCAAAAGUUUUGGCAUUAAGGUCCAAAAUCUUCCUGUGCGUUCUACAGAUACAAGCCUAAAGGAUGGUUUGUUCCAUGAGUUUAAAAAACAUGGAAAGGUCACGUCAGUUCAAAUCCAUGGAGCUUCAGAGGAGCGUUAUGGGCUUGUCUUCUUCCGACAGCAAGAGGACCAGGAGAAAGCACUUGGAGCAUCAAAGGGGAAGCUUUUUUUUGGGAUGCAAAUUGAAGUCACAGCCUGGACUGGCCCUGAGACAGAAAGUGAAAACGAGUUUCGGCCCUUGGAUGAGAGGAUAGACGAGUUUCAUCCGAAAGCCACGCGGACAUUAUUUAUUGGGAACCUGGAGAAAACCACGACUUACCAUGACCUGCUUAACAUCUUUCAACGCUUUGGAGAAAUAGUGGACAUUGACAUUAAGAAGGUGAAUGGAGCCCCCCAGUAUGCUUUUCUACAAUACUGUGACAUCGCCAGUGUGUGCAAGGCCAUAAAGAAGAUGGAUGGAGAGUACCUCGGUAACAAUAGACUAAAGCUUGGUUUUGGAAAGAGUAUGCCCACAACAUGUGUGUGGUUGGAUGGACUAGCAUCAAACACAACAGAGCAGUUCCUUACUCGUCACUUCUGCCGCUAUGGACACGUUGUCAAGGUUGUAUUUGACAGAAUGAAAGGAAUGGCCCUUAUCCUGUAUAACAACAUUGAAUAUGCACAGGCCGCUGUCAAAGACACAAAGGGGUGGAAGAUAGGGGGCAGUAAAAUCAAGGUGGAUUUUGCCAAUCAGGAGAGUCAGAUGGCUUUUUAUCGUUCAAUGCAGGCAUCCGGCCAGGACAUUCGAGACUUUUAUGACAUUCUCUCUGAAAGAAGGGAUGAUCGACGAAGUCAAUACGAGUUUCAAGCUGAAAGACAAUAUUAUGAAAAUGUACGAACACCAGGAACAUUUACAGAAGAUCCACGCCGAAAAUACCCCUCCAGAAGUCGGGAGUUCUACACUGAAUGGGACCCAUAUCAGGGGGAUUACUAUGAUCCACAGUACUUUGAAGACCCCCGGGAGUAUCGGGAAUUCAGAGCCGACCCUUACGAGCAGGACAUCCGCAAAUAUAGUUAUUUGCAGCGGGAACGUGAAAGAGAGAGGGAACGCUUUGAAACAGAUCGUGGACGUGAUCAUGGGAGGAGGACUGUUGAACGCAGCCAAAGUCCAUCUCACGUUGCCCCCAGACGUCCUGCUAGCCCUACAGCAUCUCCUUCACUCUCUGAAAGGAUACCAAGUGAUUCAGACCGUCGUAUUCGUUGCCGAUCUUCUGAAAGAAGUGGUAGCUGCAGUUCGAUCUCCCCACCAAGAUUUGAAAAACUUGAAAAGGCACGAACUGAAAGGUAUAACAAAACUGACAAACCUGAGAAGGAUCGUGUCUUUGAAGUCGAAAGAGCGACUUUGGUUGAAAAGGAGAAGAGAGUUGGGCGUAAAGACCGAGGAGACAAGGACAAAAGUGAAAAACAGAGGCUCAAGAAGCUCAAAGUUGCAUCCCCUGUUAUACAAGCGUGUGAGAUGGAACCUGAACUUGAAAGAGAAGUAAGCCCUGAGUCUGUCCUACGAACUAAAAACAGUAAAAUUACAAAGGAAGGCUCGAGCAAAGGAAGGUUAGACCUCAUACCUUGUGUUGUGCAGUUAACCCGUGUUAAAGAAAAGGAGGGAAAAUUGAUAGGUCAUACAGUCCCCGAAAAGCCACUUCCAAGGGGUGGGACUGACGGUCCUAGACUGGCAUCACCUACAGCUGAACCGAAGAGUCCUCCAUUCCGGCUGGAAUCAUUGAAAAUGGAUGUCUCAAAGCAUGGAAAGGUUCCUAGAGACAAAAAUAUGCACAGCUUAGUUGAGGUCAUUGAAAAGGAUGCUAAGAUUAAAUCCAAAAAGCAUGGAAAAUCUGAAAUGGGAUUUGACAGUGGUGUUUCUGUGGACAUGGACCGUUUAGCUGCAAGGAAAAGGCGUUUUGAAGACUCUGGAAAAACUGAUCGACAGAAAAGAUCUAGUGAGGAGGAUCUCGUCAGAUCAGGACUUCAUAAACUGUGGAACAAUACAAAGGAUACUGAUUUGGAUAAGAACCUUUUGUUAAAAGGGAUGCAUAAAAAGGAGCACCACAGAGAAAAAUGCACCAGGAUGGUUUCAGUUAACAGUCCCAAAGAUGGACGAGACUUUGAAAGCAACUCCCUAGGCCUUUCUUUGGAGCGGCAGACACGGCCAGAGGAUCUGCCUGAAGAUUCCACUGAACAGUUAGACUCUCCAUACCUUAAAAUGGAUUUAGAAAAAAGUGAGAAGAGCCCCAGUCACAUGAAGGUGUCAGAUCACAGCAGCCUUGAUUUGGAAGAAUUCAAAGAACAGCAGAAACAGGUUCCAUCUGAAAACGAGCAAGGGAAAGGGAAGUGCAUCGACUCAGAUGAUGGAGAUGAACACUUUGUGCACAUUGACCCCAAUAAUAUUUGCACCAAACAAAUUGAACAGUGUCAAUGGCUGCACACUAAGAUUGGUGAUCCUGAUAAGGUAAUCAGGUAUGAAAAUCCCCCAAGUAAUGAGACUCGUGAUUUUGACAAGGAUUAUAUCUUGCAUGAUGUUGGAAAACCACAGGAUAUAUCCAAUGAUGACUUCUCUUCUACAAAACGAAAGAAAUUACAAAAUUUUGACUUUGAAAUAGUCAAUGCAAAAAGAGAGCGCAAUUACACAAGUUACCAAAAACUAAACGAAGAUAUUUAUCAGAGUAUAACAUCCUCCAUAGGGCAUGGCCAGUUUUCUGCCAAUGAGGAUGAAGAGACCGCCCAAAUUUCUGUGUCGAUCAUAAACAAAGAAAGAAAAUCUCCAACAACAGACAAAACAUUUUCACACACAGAGUCUCUGAAAAACAGUUUUGGCCUCACAGCAACACAUUUUCAGUCUUCUGACACCGAGCUUCAACAGCUUAAGACAAACCUGCUGAGCUGUGACGAGGAGUUAAUGCAACGCUGGGAAAGACGUAUGAAGUCUGAUUCACUAAGAAUGGAAAUGACUUUUCCAAGUGAUAUUUCAAAACGUGAAAGCAUCCACAAACGCCAGGAUUUGGAACCAGGAGAAGUUCAGUCUGAUUCAGAUGAUGAUGGAGACAACAAACACAUCUGUCCAAAGUCCAAUAGCUCCUUGUCUUAUAUCCUCAGGGAACACGAUGAGAGGAUGACAGACCUGAAGCUCUCCAGCUCCUUGGAGAAGAACAAGUUUUAUUCUUUUGCUCUUGAUAAAACAAUAACCCCAGACACAAAAGCACUUCUUGAAAGAGCCAAAACAUUAUAUUCCUCCAGGGAAGAUAAUUGGUCCUUUCUUCCUUCACGCUUUCCAGCUUCCCACAGCUGUUCAGAUAAAGACAAGGUAGAGCUAGCACCACGACCCAUUCCUUCUUGGUACAAGAUGAAAAAGAAAAAGAUUCGCACAGAGUCCGGAGAAAAAGUGCAUGAUAAAAAAGAAGAAUUAAAACCACAAGACCAAGAGCGUCAGGACCUGUUUGCCUCCCGCUUCCUGCACAGCUCGAUCUUUGAACAGGAUUCUAAACGUUUACAGCGUCUUGAACGUAAAGAUCAAGAUUUAGAAACUGGAGUUAUUAGACCUUCUACUAAGCCAGGUGUUACUGAGGCAAAGUCAGAGCCUGGACCUGGUGACCCUCUACAAGAGCCCAUAGUGCUUUUCCAUAGUCGAUUCUUGGAGCUUCAGCAACAGAAGGACAAGGACCAUUACCCACUGGAUACAGAGAACGAGUCCACUGUGGUGGGGAUUAAAAGAGAAGAAGUGCGGAAUUGUGAUAAUGUGCUCUCUGAUAAGAAAACUGAGCCAUUGAUAAAAGCUGAUGACAAAUCAGCUAGCCCUGAGUUAACUUUGCCAGUUUCACCUUUUGUUACCAUUGCACAAGAAAGACCUGCACAAGAAAAGAAAGAGCUUUCAACGCCAUCAUCAGAUCCACCUGUGGCAGUCGUUAAAGAAGAAAAAUCUGAGCCAGUUCUUGAGGUACCCCCUUCUCACUCUCUCCCCUUGGAAGACAUCAAACACAUUGCUCCGAAGAUAAACAUAACCCCUCCGCUCAUCCUUGCAGAGCCAGAAAUUGAAAUGGAAACAAAAUUAGAGCUAAUUGAACCCAAAGUGAAAAUUGGAGAUAGUUUGGCAGUUGAACAUAAACCUCUUGUGGAGGAUAAGCCUCCCACUCCUGGUGGUUCCCUAAGUGGUUUUGCAAAGGAGACUUCCGCAUCUAGUUAUGCUCACUAUCCAAAGAUUGAUGACAAAUCUGAAAUCAUAAAGAUGGAGCCUAAAGAAGAAUGUCAGGAAACAAAACAGUCGGAGGAAUCUCAGAAAACUGAGACAGAUGUUGAGGCCUGUAUGCCAGAGUUAGAGGCUGAAAUAAAACCAUUUCCCAAUCGAAGACAACCGAAGAAUAAAAGGGCCAAGCCAAUGGCUGUAUCACGCACUUCACAACCUUCUCAGAUUGUUGCCACAGAGAAACCAGCAACACGAAAGAGUGAACGAAUUGACAGAGAAAAACUCAAAAGGGCGUCAUCUCCUCGAGGAUCUGAGACUAAAUCCACAUCCAAGUCUCCAAGUCAUGCAUCAGAUACAGAGCAAAACCUUGAGUCAAGUUUGAUCCACGGGAGAACACGUCGCAGGAAUGUAAGGUCAGUUUAUGCCACGCUACAUGAAGAUGAACAAGCUAACAAAGAGGUGGUUGAGUCACCUCGAUCCAUGCGCAAACGUGGUGCUGACAAAGACCCAGUUCAGCAAGAUGUUCAGAUUCCAUCUACCAUCGCAAGGCGAGGACGUCCACCUAAAAGAGGUGUCAAACGUGGUGAGGAUCUAUCACCAGUUAAGACUGAUCUGCUGAAAAUGACAGAUGAUGAGACAGAGGUCAAAGAAUCAGCAACCCUGGCUGAGGCUGGGAAAGCCACUGAGGGAUGGCGUUCACCCCGUACCCAGAAAGUGCAACAAACUCAACUCACUUCACCUGCUCCGGCUAACAAGAAAGGCAGUAAAAUAGACAAACAGUCCGGCAGCCCUGUUUUUCUAGCUGAACAAGCUGAUGUUGAAAGUCACAGUGAGCCAGAACUUGCACCUAAAACUGAUUCUGUUCUGUUGGGGAAGCCGCAAAGACAGGAAAAAGACUUGAAAGAGAGUGGUGGAAAUAAACCUGGUGAUGGGGAUAUUGAAACAUCAGAUACAAGCUCUUCUGAGAGAAGACCACAGCCUGAAAAGAGUGCUAAAGUGAAAACCUCAAGGCCAAAAAGAAACACUAAGCAGGUCACUGGAGAUAAAUCACACAGCUUGAAAAAUCUUGAGAUCCGUGUGAGCGUUGAUGAUGUAAAAGGUUUACUUCGUUCAGAGGAAGAUGAGCCUGAGUCGUUUGAAGCCCAGACUAUUAAGAAGUCCAAAUCAGACACACAGGAGAAUGAGGAAACAAAGAUAGUCAGCUUUCCAAAAGAACCAAAAGAACCUGCCAACCAGGAAAAUGAAGAUACCCUAUCAGACACUGAACCUCCUGCUGACCCAGCCGCUGCACUCUUAGCACGACAGAUGGAGCUAGAGCAGGCAGUUGAAAACAUUGCAAAGCUUACAGUUGAGCAUCCUCCUCGACCUUACAAAGAACCUGUUUCAGAGCAAUCUACCGUACUGCCUCCAGUCAUAGUAGAGCCAGAGUGUGAGGUGGAGGAGGAGAAGCCAGCAAACCCUGCAAGUGAAACUGAACUUAUGGCUGCUAUUGAUUCCAUUACAGCUGAAGAGAGUGCAGAAGCAGAUAGUUUCACAGCUCCUCCUACUUACACAGCUCUCAUACCUACCCCUGAACCCCUGGUAUCCCCCUCAUCCAAUGAGAUUAUGGAAAAUGAAACACACAUGGUUAUCAACAAUGUUCCUGCUGCAGAUUCUGAUGAGGGCCCUUUCACAUCCAGUCCAAGGGGGCAACUAGCAGAGUCUAAGGAAACCGAGGAUACUCCUCUACUUGAAACACCCAAGAAAGCUGGCAAAGUUCGAGCAAAAACCCCAAAGAAGUCCAGAAGUCGUAAAGGUGCUGCUAACAAGAAGGGGGAUACCACCGAGGACAUUUCACAACCGGGCCCCUCCCCAAACAAGUUACCAGAGUCGAUCCCAGAGGACCCAGAAACCAUUAAUUCCAAAACUGUUACUUUUACAGCAGCAGCUUCCGUGGUCACUGCUGUUGCAACUUGUAGGCGUGACGUUACAAGUUCAAUAACUGUGGACACACCCAAAGAAGCAGAACAGCCUGAGGUUGAACAGCCUGUACCCAAAGAAUCUGCUUUUCAUACGGGCACAAGUAACAUCUCCAGCUCUAAAAAGGACCCUCAAGCAGCAGAGCCAUCUACCCCUACACUUGCCCCAACUCCUGACCGCCCACAACCUCUACCCCAGUUUAGUGUACCCCUUAUUCGGCCCUCCAAAAUGUCUCUUUCACCAGAUUGGCUGCCUAAAACUGAAGAAAGUAGAAUCUAUGUUGCCCCGUCAUGCCACGUAACUGUAGUUACCCCUUCUACACCAGCUUCGACUGUGCUUGCAACCCCUUCAACAAAUCCCCCGAUGCCUCCUGAUACCAAGGCUUCGGAUAUUGAUCCAAGUUCCAGUACCUUAAGAAAAAUCCUCAUGGAACCUAAAUAUGUGUCGGCAUCAAACAGCAAUUCUAUAGCUUCCACUGUAGUAACAUCUGUACUCUCAGAUCAUUCACGGAUGUCAGAGAAUGAAAACCCCUCCAAUAAAAUGGUAUCAAGACAGUUACAUCCUGGAGAGAGACUACCUUUACCCCCCCAGCCCAUACACCACAAACCCUAUCCACUGACAGAGUCCCAGCAGAACUGUAGUGAAAAACCCCAGCAUACAGUCAUUUCACCUGCUACCUCAGUUAUAAGUCGGAUUCCAUUGCCUUAUGAUACUGAGGAAACUCCACGAAUAUCCCUCAGCAACCGAAGCAUUGGCACACCUCUACCCAAGCAAAAAUUUAGAUCAAACUCCAAUGAGAACAAUCGCUACCAUGCCAUCGAUAUAGUCGAAGAUGGGACUAGAGGGCGCUCCAUUGUUGAGACUACUCCGUACAGUGCAGGCUCCAGUCCUGGUCUUAGGGUCAAUACAUCAGAGGGUGUUGUUGUUCUUAGUUAUUCUGGUCAGAAAACAGAAGGACCUCACAGGAUGAGAGCCAAAAUCAGUCAAAUUCCACAAGCCAGUGCUGGCGAUAUAGAGUUCCAGCAGUCUGUGUCCAAAUCUUCAAUAAAGCAAGACCCAGUUAUCCCAUCAUCCCAGUCAGCUACCCCAAAAGUAGCCCCGAGUGGUCCACCUUAUGGGCACACAGGAGUUCUCUUGACGGGCCAGUCUUUUAACUCUCAACCUGUGAUUUCAAGCACCAAGCAUGAGAGCCUUGGGAGCGACAAAUCUGAUGCUCCAUAUCACACAACAUCACCAGGCGGCGUGGUCAAGAUGUUCCAACAGCCAGUUAGUUCUUCUCAAGUCUUGAUGUACAACCAAGCUGUGAUACAGCAUCAACAUAGCAAAAGAGGGCUGGGGGUAGAACCUCUACCCAAAAAAAUGGACACUGGCAAAGCUGUUCAGCAGUCUAACCUCAGCCCAGUCAUGAGUCCACACCACCCAUCAUUAUCUGGAACCCGCAUGAGCCCCAGCCCUGGAUCUCAAACUGAUCGGACAGCUCUGCACCUAAAGCAAGAACCCCAGUCCCCACGAACAGCUGUUCAAUCCCCUCUACCCUUUGUCAAAGCCUGUCCUCCAAGCAGUUCUCCAAGGGGGACUUCUGUGGUUCUGGGUCACAGCAUGUCUACAUAUCAUACUAAUAUCCACCACCCGCACUCAGAGCAGUCCUCUGUGAUAAUGCAGCCUCACAGUGUCACGCAGUCAAUGGCUCACGAGGCCAGGAUGAACACCCCACCAAUGUCUGGGAUAAACUAUGGAAGGAGGGGGGAUCCUCUGUCUUCUCCACACACAGGGCCUUCCCAGCGCUCCACUACACCCCAGCCUAAUGUUAUCCGAGACCUGGUACUGCAGUCUCAUUCUAGUCCCAAGGGGUCAAUAUCAGUCGUUAGUGGAAGCAGUGUAAAGGAAGAAGAUCCCAGACACUUUAACCAAGCCCUUAGCAGACCAUCAGUGCCCCAGCUCCAAUCAGAAGUAAUGAUGAUUCACAGCGAACAUCGCGGACUCCACCCAAGCAUACGCAUGGACCAGUACAGAGACAUGCACCAGCGCAUGCUAAUGCACCAGCAACUGGGAGAACAGGUCACUGUGGAAGCAAGGCAGUCUCGCACCUCAGAGACUACAGCAACUAUGUCAAGCAACAUCUCCGGGCCAACAAAGAGUGCUUUAGUGGGAAAGAGCAUUGAUCUCUCCACGAAGGAAUCUCACAAAUCACUCGAAGGGAAGCUGAUACAUCCACCCAUAAAUGAAAGUAGAAUCAGGGGAGUCCAUGCAUCAAGUCCUGUCAUGGUGUCUCCACAUUCUCAUGGGGUUCAGCUGAUGCAUCCACCAAGUGUUAGCUCCUUUCCAGUGUACCGGGACAUGCGAGGCUUCCCAUCCCAGUUUCCAGGACAGUCCUCAUCAGGACACAACCUGGCUAGCCAAGGCAUUACCUCCUCACAGGUCCCUCCAGAGCCUGUGCUGGGUCACAGGGAGAAAAUGUCCCAGUCACAUGGGGGAGGAAGUGAUUCCAAGCCUGAGAGUACCCAUCUUCGCCAUGCUACCUCUACGGAUCUGACACACAUUUCUCGAAUACAAGGGGAUGCACUGUCACCCUCGUACCAGUCUCCUAUGACGUCCCCCAUGUGUCUUACUCACAAGCCAGAUCUAUCUCUGCAGAAAGGCCCUCCAACCUUCCUGCCAACACCUCCGCCAGCAGUCCCUUCAACAGGUUCACUGCUGUCACAACGCAAUGCUAAGCUAGAACAUUCAGGCCAUCGCUCUGUUGACAUGGUGCAACUUAUGACGAAAUAUCCUAUCGUGUGGCAAGGCCUGUUGGCACUGAAGAACGACCAGGCUGCUGUCCAGUUGCACUUUGUUUCUGGCAACACCAUUCUGGCCCAGCGCUCCCUGCCUCCCCCAGAGGGAGGUCCACUUCUUCGUAUUGUCCAGAGGAUGAGGCUCGAGGGUUCACAGUUGGACAGCGUGGCUCGCAGAAUGAUGGUGGAGAAUGAUUACUGUUUGCUACUGGCUCUACCCUGUGGUCGGGACCAAGAAGACGUCCUUGGUCAAACCCAAGCCUUGAACACCGGCUUCAUCACCUACCUGCAAGCCAAACAGGCAGCUGGCAUCAUUAAUGUGCCCAACCCUGGCUCUAACCAGCCAGCUUAUGUGGUGCAGAUUUUCCCUCCGUGUGAAUUCUCUGAAUGCCACCUCUCUCGCCUGGCCCCGGACCUUCUCAACAGCAUCUCCAGCAUCUCCCCUCACCUCAUGAUUGUCAUUGCCUCUGUUUGAUUACCUCCAUUGUUUUCCUAAACAAAGCCAACACCAGCCGUUUUGGACUCGUCCAGUUUUUUUUUAACUGGAAUUGCCUCAUAUUUUUAUGAGUUUGACUUUUUGUAAAAAUCUAAUUUAGCACGUGCUCACCUUUUUCUCCUUCACUUCACCGAGUCCUUAAGUCAAUGACAAUGAUUUUCAAAAACUAAACUUUUACGGAGAGGACCUGAAGGGGCAAACGGGAUUUUUGAUGACCAUUUCUGAUUUUUUCAUUUCAUUCUUGCCAUUUUUGGAGGUGUUGUGCAUAGCCUUUUCUAAUUCAUAGCAUCCAUACAGCUAUGGAUUGACCCUUCCUAUGGGAUAUUUUUUACCUUCAUAAAAGUGAUUGUGAAUUUCUUUUUUAAAAAGACAAACGAUGUGAGAAGUCAUUGCACUAUGUUAAGACAAAAAUUGUGAACUCUGUACAGAUUUGAGUAUAAAAUUACACGUUAUGGAAUGACUCUUGUGAUCAGCCAUGCUUGAGCAAGUUAAAAGAAAACCAUUGCCUGGAAAAUGAUGAAGAAUCAUUUCAGCCUGAUCAAUCAUCCUGCUUUUGCUCCUUUGCCAUCAGCCAACUUCUACGUCAUUUCCAGACCCAACUCUCCACCCCGAGGUGUUCCCUGCCCCAGGAACUCCAGAGGGGACAUUUAGAGUUGUACAGUUUACACUUAAUGCCUCAAAAGGGGACUGUAAAAAGGAUAUUUAAUUUGUUUAUUUUUGUUUGCAUCUUCUUUAAGCCUAAGGGUAUUGUGGGCAGUUGUGAAACUGUAAAUAUUAUAAAUAUUUAAAGACUGAAGCAAUGUGGAGAGACCAAGUGAGUUAUUUUACAAGAUGGAUCAUCAAAUCUCAAUGUUCUGUCUUUUUUGGGGGCAGAUGGGGUGGUGGUGGAAAGGACCUGUAACAGAUUAAGUUAUAACAUUCAAGGGAAAAAAAGUUUUUGUUGUUAUUGAUUCUGUGCCAAAACAUCUUUUGCAAAAUCUGAACACACGCAAUGUAUCUGAAACUGAGAUUGAUCAGAACCUAUUUUCAUAUGUGACUUUGUAUUUUGAGGGCAGACUUGAUUCCUUUCUUUUGGUAACGUACAUCAACCCAACUCUGUUACUACAGUGCUUUUUACAUUAUGUAACUGUAUCCUCAUUUUGAAGGAACCAUUGUAUUGUGGGGGUUGCAUUUCUGUUUGUAUUCCUGUGUUUGUCUCCCUGAUGUGGUCCUCUACUGCCCCCUGCUGUCUGAAAAUCAUAUUCUAACCAUAUGAAGACUUGCAUACUGAGGUGAUUUAAGUCUUGACUUCAUGACGGAUGUGUUAGAGCAUGCUUUAUUUUCAAAUCUUAAAGGGUAAAGUCAAAUCAUAGAGGCAAAGAAUGUGACUUGAACUUGAUAUCAUGCCGCUAAUGGAUGUGUUGAUCAUGUGUCUCCAUCCCUUCCCUUAAAUGUCUUUUUGAGCCAAGCUGUACAUACUAAUGUCCUUAAUCUGUGCUCUUGUGUACUUCUCCCCUUGUUAUUGUCUUUCUUCAGGGUCCUUGUUUUUGUUUUGUGCAACAAAACAAAGCAGUCUGAGAGAGACAGGAGGUGAUGUGUGUGAAACCGAUGCUGAAAGUAAAACCAUGCUUGUCAGUUUUGUGAUGUAAAUAUUUCUAUGACUGCAAGCUGAAUACUCUCAUGGUUAUGUUGAAGGCACUUAUAAUUUUUUAUAAACAAACGAAAAGAAAAUACUUAAAAAAAAUACUUAAAACAGUGAUAAUGAAAACUGUCUUUUGAUCAAUCUUCAUUUUAAGUGUAUUUUGCUGUUCCUCCAUGAGGACAUUUUAAACUGUAAAAUAAAUGGUUGUUUAACUUACUUCUGAAGAUCAUUAAAUGGUCCAUCACUCUUGA